AUGGGGGGCCAGCCUAAGGUCAGGUGGUGCGCUGAACGAUUGAACCAAUCCGAACCCGCACUUUCUUACCAAAGGUCCGCCCAGGAAUCACCGCCACACACAGGUAGAUCGUCCAUGCAAUCCACUCUCCGUCCUGGCGUCCUUUGCUCGCCUGCACACAACGGAGGUUCCUCCUCUAACACCUCCAUCUCUAUCAAUCAACAAUGGGCGGCGGCUCGCACUACCCUUACCCUAAGGAGGUCUGGUCCCCUAGUGGUGGGUGUCUUGAACGAUGGUUGCGAGCAAUCGAGAGCGUCGGGCUUGUCGGCGAGCGCGCGCGAGUUGGAGCGGGAGCGACAGCGGUGA